CACACCCCGCGAAGCGCGGGAGGCCCGGGGCCGAACACAGGCGGCGAGGUCCACUGUUCAGCCUGGGAAGGAUUGGGCACAUCAGGGGAAGGGGAAGCUGUGUAGAACCUUGGAGAACAACACAAGGCGGCGUCUCUGGAUCAAGCUAUGGUGAAAGAUGUUUCGCAAAGGCAAGAAGCGACACAGCAGCAGCAGUUCCCAGAGCAGUGAAGUCAGCAUGAAGAGCAAGUCCAUGGAUUCCAGCCUUGGGGGUCUUUCGAGAUCCAGCACUGUUGCCAGCCUCGAUACUGACUCCACCAAAAGCUCAGGGCAAAGCAACAAUUUAGACACAUGUGCCGAGUUUCGAAUAAAGUAUGUUGGUGCCAUCGAGAAACUGGACCUGUCUCAGGGGAAGAGUCUUCAGGGACCACUAGACCUGAUAAAUUAUAUAGAUGUUGCCCAGCAAGAUGGAAAGUUGCCUUUUGUUCCCCUGGAGGAGGAGUUUAUUCUGGGUGUUUCUAAGUACGGCAUAAAAGUCUCAACCACGGAUCUGCAUGGUGUUCUGCACAGGCAUGCCCUAUAUCUAAUCAUCCGGAUGGUGUGCUAUGACGAUGGCCUGGGAGCGGGCAAGAGCUUGCUGGCACUCAAGACCACGGAUGCAAGCAAGGAAGAAUACAGCCUGUGGGUUUACCAGUGUAACAGCCUGGAGCAAGCCCAAGCAAUCUGCAAGGUCUUAUCCACAGCAUUUGACUCUGUGUUGACAUCGGAGAAGUCCUGAACUCUGCAGUCAAGUAGAAACUGACCCAUGUGAGAACUUACCUGGUCCUGAGUCUCCCUGCUUUCCAUUUGCAGCUGUGGACUAUUAGAGGGUGUAAGGACCCCCCCCCCCCCAGUUUUCUGAAGAAAAGUAGUGUGUAAAAUAUUGGUUGUCAUUUACAGUGGAUUAACAUCUAAUAAAUUACCUACUUUCUGAGCUAAAAAGAAACCUUGGGGCUGGACAGAUGGCUUAGGAGUUAAGAGCACUUGCAGAAGACUUGGGUUCAGUUCUCAGUACUCACACGAUGGCUCAAAACUGCCUGUAAUUCCAGUGCCAGGAGAGCCGACUCCCCCCUCUAGGUUCCUCAGGUACCAGUCAUACAUGUGGUGUACAUACAUAUAUGCAGCCACUCACACAUAUACAUAAUAAAACCUAAAAAAUAAAGAGAUAAAGAACCCCCUGUUGUCUUUUUAAAAUACAAAAAAAGUCUAAUUAACACUGAUAUGUCACAGAAGUUCACUCUGAAUGAGACUUGCACCCUAUACCUUCCCAGGGACUUGGGUCACUUGUGUGGUAAUCUGGGUUUGGGCAGGCAUAGGUUUGAAUUGGGGACUUCAAUUUCACAUGACCUUGGAAUAAUGACAGCAGUGUCAGGACAAAAAGCACCCCCAGCAGAAGGGUCCUGUCUGCAUAAUAUCCAGCGCACUAGUGUCUACAUUGGAGGAUGCCUGCUGGUUUUGGCAAAUGGCUUUAAAAGGAUCUCACAGUUCACACCCUCUGUCCAGUGCCAAUAGCUAACACUUAAAGAUGAAAACCAUGUCAAUUUAAAAGAAUUUUAUUUUUUUCCAGUCAAAUGUCUGGUUAAAGGGAAGUCAAUUUAUUAGACAUGCUCUAAUUAUAAACCACUGCAUUAAGGACAAUGAAAAUAAUCCGUUUAGGUUAUACAGUAUAUACAGUUGCGCUGCAACUAGACCAAAGUAAUUAAGUGAAUGAAUUGAAUAUCAUACAUCUCAAAAUAGCAUUCUAGGCUGCAGGUCACUCUCCACCCUCAACAGCAACUUGACCAAAGUAAUCAAUCAUCAAGUGAAUGAAUUGAAUAUCAUACAUCUCAAGAGAGCAUCCUAGGCUGCAGGUCACUCUCCACUCUCAACAGAUCACACUAGUCUGUGCAUCAUAUUUCUGAGUCAUCUUCCCUCCAACUCAGACCUGAUGGAAAGUGGCAAAAAAAUAAAAAAAUAAAAGAAGCCCGAAUUCCACAGCUGACUCCUGUGAAAUGUAAACUUUAAAUAUAAAUAGAUAUCUACAA